GCAUUGCUGGGAGCCCCAUUCGGCUUGUCUGACUGUGUGUGUCGGUGUGUGUUUCUGUUUGACAGUGGGACAGUGAGCCUCUCUCUUUGGCCUCACAAGAUUAGGAUUAUAAAGCAGUACAUUUGGAGUUCCUGCAUUGAGUAUUAGCCAUCAUAAGGUUCACAGUGUCACCGUUUAUGUGUUGUCCCACCCCCACUCUGACAUCACAUCACGCUGACCUCUGACUGUUUGACCCCUCACCCCUGACUCCUCCCCCAGCAGCCGUUGCCAUGGCGCUUUCCUCACGCUUAAAGCUCUGGGAGCAGAAGAUAAAGGAGAAGAAGGAAGAGCCCACCUCUCCUCCGCCUCCUCUGUCAGCCCUACCGGGAGGCUUCCUCAAACAGCUGGUCAGAGAGACAGAGAAGGAGACCAAACAAAAAGAACCUGAGGUCAAAGAAGAGAAGGCGCCCAGUAAACUGAGUGACAACCUGGUGCAGCAGUUCCUCCUCCCAGACCAGACUCCACCAAUCCUGGAAGCUGAGAUGGCCCUACGAAAUGAGCAUUUGGUCAAUGGAGAGCGAGGCCGCCACUCCAACCAAUCAGAUCUCAAGACCUCCUCGCCCCGGCAAAUAAUUUCCCCCGAAAUCAAGAGCCCACCCUUGGGGGACACAGACAAAAAGGAAGUGACCUCAGAGCCACAGAAACAGGAAAUGACGACAGAGCAGCUGAAGCAAAAACAAGAAGUUACAUCAGAGCUGCAGGGGCAGGAAGUGAAGUCAGGGAAAGAGAAGGUGACAAAUGAUGCCAAGAAGCCAAAGAUGGAAGGAAAGAAAGAGAAGCAGAAAGAGGGAGUGAUAGAAGAGAGACUGGAACCUGAGGGGCAACAAGCAGACACCACCUUAACACAACACAAGAGGAAAGAGGUGAGGGAUGUGUGGUAUGAGAUUGGCACUGUGUGGUACGUCCACAAGGAGGGCUUCUCCCUAGCCACUCAGCUGAAGCCAGACGAGGGAACCCCAGAUCUUCCAGCAGGCUUAGUGAGAGUCAGAAUGGAGUCAGAUGGAACACUGCAUGAUGUCAUGGAGCACGACAUCCACAAGUUGAAUCCCUCUGAGUUGGACCUGUGUGAGGACUUGAGUGAACUGCAGAGUGUGAAUGAGUGUGGAGCACUCCACACGUUAACCAGUCGAGCUAAAGCCAGCCUGCCUCUCACACACGCAGGACCCAACCUGCUCAACUUCUGGCCUCCGCUGAACCAACACGGCAAGACCCCUCGCUCCCGUCGUGGGGACAGUGUGUGGGAUGCUCCCCCUGCCCUGGCCGCUCUAGUCAGGCGUGUCUAUGUCUCCAUGGUGGGCACCCGCAGGGACCAGAGUGUGUGUGCGGUGGGACGCAGCGGCACAGGCAAGACCACCUCCUGCCAAGCCUUCACACACACACUCCUGAAACAGGCUGGCACGGCCGGAGACAGCAUCACUGUGGAGCGUAUCCAGGCAGUGUUCACAAUCCUGAGGUCGUUUGGGUGUGUGAGCUCUCAGCACAGUGAUGCCUCUUCUCGCUUCGCCAUGGUUCUCUCUCUGGACUUCAACCAUGCUGGACUGGCCUCUGCCGGACACCUACAGACUAUGAUGUUAGAGAAGUGGAGGGUGUGUCAGAAGAUGGAGGGAGAGAGUAACUUCCUGGUCUUCUCCCAGAUGCUGGCUGGACUCAGUACAGAGAUGAGGACGGAGCUGCAGAUGCACCAAUUCCCAGAGGCCAACUGUUUUGGAAUAGUCCCUCCCACCAAGGUGGAAGAAAAGCAGCGUGCAUCAGUGGCCUUCACCAAGCUGCUGGUUGCCAUGGAAACACUGGGCUUCUCGGCCAAUGAGCAACGAGCAAUAUGGCAUGUCCUGGCAGGGUUGUACCAUCUAGGAGCAGCGGGGGCAUGUAAAGGUCCGUCAUACUUAUUUGAGUGUCCCGGAUUUACAUUUACUAUGUUACGUCUAGUCUAUGAGAACAGGCUGGUCACUCUGCCUCAUCCUGUGUGUCUGCCCCACCUCUCUCUCUAUCUCUCUCUCUGUCUAGGUCCCAGGAUGAGUGCUACUCAGUGUGUAGAUGGCAUGGCUUCUGGACUGUACGACGAACUCUUCACGGCUAUAGUGUCACUUAUCAACAGGGCUCUGAGCUCUCAGCAGCUGACAUUAGCCUCUGUGAUGGUGGUGGACACUCCAGGCCUCCGCAACCCCAGACACAGUGGAGAGGAGAGGGCUGCAGGCUGGUCUGAACUUUGUCAUAACUACCUACAAGAGAGACUGCUGGAGUACUACUACACACACACCUUCACACACACACUGGAAAGAUACGCACAGGACAGAGUUCAAGUAGACUUUGAAGCUCCAGAGACCAGUCCUGCUGAGGUGGUGUCCUCCAUAGACCAGCCUGCUCUACAGGUGCGAGGGGCGGAGGGAGACCCCAGAGGACUGCUGUGGGUUCUGGAUGAGGAGAUGGUGACUCCAGGAUCGACAGAAAACACUGUCCUGGAGAGAGUCUGCCAGUACUACAGCUCCACUGGUGAGACGGGAGGAACGGAGGGUGGGGAGGUGGAGAGAGUGGAGAGAGUUGCCAGUAACUACAGCUCUAUGUGGACGGGAGGUGUGGGAGGUGGAGAGGUGGAGAGGAGUCUGCAGUACACAGCUCUACUGUUCUCUCUCUCCCUCUCUUUCUCCCUCUCUUUACCCCUCUACCUCUUUUUCUCUCUCUCCAUUUCCAGUGGGGUAGUGAAGGCGUUAUUCGGCCCCCGUGCCUCUGUGCCCCCUCUGUGUCGUGGUUUGGGAGGGGUGGAGGGGGGCAGCCAGCGCUCGCUACAGAGGAGUGGCAUCGUCAGAAAGACCUUCAGCGGAGGAAUGGCCGCCAUACGCCGACACUCCCACUGUAUAUCAGUCAAACUACAGGCCGAUGCUCUAUUGAAUCUGAUUCGUCGAGCCAGGCCAGUGUUCCUGCAGUGUGUGGGUGCUAAGACAGACAGCGGUGGUGGAGGAUUCGACGUCCCUGCUCUCAGGAUCCAGCUACACUCUACACACAUCCUCCCCGCCCUGCAGCUCUACCGCACAGGUUAUCCGGAACAUAUGACUCUGAGUGACUUCAGGUGUCGUUUCCAGGCUCUGUCUCCUCCGGUCAUGAAACGCUAUGGUUCCGUCUUCAUCACCCCAGACGAGAGGAAGGCAGUGGAGGAGCUUCUGGUAGAACUGGAUCUGAACAAGAAGAGUAUCGUACUGGGAGCCGGCAGGGUGUUUAUGAAGCGAGGUGUGUUAAAGUACCUGGACCAGCAGAGAGACAAGCUGGUCAGUGUCUGGCUGGUUCACCUACAGGCUGCCUGUAUGGGACACCUGGCUAGACAACAACACCGCAAAAUGAAGGUGCAGCAGAUGGCAGUGAGGUGUGUCCAGAGUAACAUCCGUACUCUGAGAGGCGUGGCCAAGUGGAGCUGGUGGAAACUGCUGUGUAGAGUACGCCCCCUACUGGAUGUUAACAUGGAUGACCAGAGACUUAGAGCCAAGGAGGAUGAGAUCACGGCUCUGAGACGACGGCUGGAGAAGUCAGAGAGAGAGAGGAACGAGCUGAGACAGACUACUGACAUCCUGGAGACCAAGGUGACGGCAGUGUCGUCUGAACUAAGUGAUGAGCGUUUCCGUGGUGAAGCUGUCAGUCAGGCGCUGGACAUGGAGAGAGGAGAGAGACUACGACUCACCAGGGAAAACAAGGAACUACAGGUAGUAUUACAACAGCACCCUAAUAACUCUCCAGUACACAAGGAACUACAGGUAGUAUUACAAACAGCACCCAAGAGGCAGACAAAGAGAGAGAAACUGAAGGACAAAGCCAUUCACGAGAGCACUGCACUGGGCAGAGAUAUACACUCUAAACGCACUCUACAGGAGACCUGGCAGAAGUGGUUCGUGUGCAGCAGCAGAAGGAGGAGCUGUGUGCCCAGAUCCGUGACCUCAGCGUGCCCUUUGACCCUGGCCUCUGAUUCGCUGCCGGACCUCAAGAAGCAGCUCCGCCUCCUAGAGACCCAGACCAAUGAGAGAGGAGAGGAGAUUACCAAGCUUACCGCCAAGAUUCAGCAGGCGCAGCAGGUGCACCUGCGUUUUGAGAUGGAGAUGGAGAGAAUGAAACAGAUUCAUCUUAAAGAGCUGGAGGAUAAAGAGGAGGAGUUAGAGGACGUACACAAGUCCUCCCAGAGACGGCUGCGUCAGCUAGAGAUGCAGCUUGAACAAGAGUAUGAAGAGAAACAGAUGGUUGUUCAUGAGAAACACGACCUGGAGGGACUCAUAGCUACACUUUGUGACCAGGUGGGCCACAGGGACUUUGAUGUGGAGAAGAGACUGAGGAGAGAUCUGAAGAGAACCCAUGCCCUGCUGGUUGAUGCUCAGCUACUACUGUCUACCAUAGACAACCCUGGACACAGCCAAGCUCCCGGCAGCAAGGAACACAUAGAGCGUCUGCACUGCCAGUUGGAGGAGAGUGAGGCAAGGAGAGCGGAGGUGGAGAGUGUUCAGAAGACUCUGUCCAUGGAACUGGAGAAUGCUCAGAUAGAACUAGAGAACAUCUGCAAACACAAGAGUCUGGUGGAUGAGCAGGUAGCUCAGCUGCAACAUGACAAGUCAGAUCUGUUGAAGAGACUAGAGGAGGACCAGGAGGACCUUAAUGAACUCAUGAAGAAACACAAAGCCCUCAUUGCACAGUCCUCCAGUGAUAUUUCUCAGAUCAGAGAGUUACAGGCUGAACUGGAGGAGGUCAAGAAACAGCGACACACACUCCAGGAAGAGCUCGCAACCAGUAUGGCCAGGGUGCAGUUCCUAGAGUCGUCCACCGUGGGGCGUAGUAUCGUCAGUAUGCAAGAGGCCAGGGUGUGUGACCUGGAGAACAAGCUGGAGUUCCAGAGAGGACAGGUCAAGAGGUUUGAGGUGUUGGUGCUGCGUCUGAGGGAUAGUGUGGUGCGUCUUGGAGAGGAGCUGGAGCAGAGUGCCCAGACAGAGGUCAGAGAGAGAGAGAACAGUCAGUACUUCCAGCAACGCCUCCACGACAUGAGACACGAGGUUGAAGACCUGUCUCAGAGAGAACAGGACAGCAGCCGCAGAUGCAUGGAGCUGGAGAUGCAAGUGACAGAGCUGAGUGCGGUCAGACAGACAUUACAAGCUGAUCUGGAGACAUCCAUCCAUCGUAUCGUUGAUCUGCAAGCCGCCCUGGAGGAGGUGGAGUCUAGUGACGAAAGUGAUGAUGAGAGUGUUUCGACGGCUGUGGAAUCCUUUGCUAAGAAGAGAGACAUCGACAGUGUGUCUAGUGUUGGUUCUCAAUCUCUGGGCACAGAGGAUGUUGGAGAGGGCAUCCGUCAUUGGCUGGGCGUUCCCCGAGGGGGGGCUAGACGGGGCUCUCCCUAUGGCAGCAGUACCAUCAGCAACCAGUCGGGGCGCCAGUCUGUCACCGACACCAUGAGCACUUACAGCUUCCGCUCCUGUGUGGACCCAGAUGAGAAUGGUUUAGAACCAGGGGGUGUGGUUGGUAAUGGGGGUAGUUCACAUCUUGGUCGGGCCUCCUCCUCCUCUGCCCUCUCCGAGCUAUUAGAGGGGCUUCGUAAGCGGCGAGGGGGAGCAGAGUCCGGGGAGGGGGAUGGCAGUACUAUUUCUCUCCCUAUCUACCAGACCACUGGGGCCUCAACCCUCCGCCGCAGAGCCUCAGCCCUCUCCCUGGGCCCCGAAGACCUCCAGGAGCCCCGCAGCAUCCUCAAACCUCCCUCCCCACUGCUGCCCCGCGCCGCCAGCCUGCGCAACAUAGGCGAACCCCAGGCUUCAUCAGCAGCUUCCAGGGACUCCGGAGCCAAACGCUACAACUCCUCCGAUUCUCUCUCCUCCCUCCCCUCUCUCCCCCUCCUCUCCUCCCUCACUUCCCCCACUGCCCCCCGCCGUCGCCCCCCCACUAUCUCCAUCCCAGAGGAAGACGGUGAAGAACCAAUUAGAUCCCUGCGCUCACCCCAGCGCUCCCCCCAGCCAAUGAGACGCAGGCUGCUGGAGAGCGUCGUCAGCGAGGGCGGUGGGGAGGGCUGUCUGGGGUCGGAACCCAUGGUGUUCCAGAACCGCCGCCUCAUAAGCGACGGUAACCGUGAUGACGCGGCUUCUGACAUUCUGCCGGCCAUCCGAAGGGCCCAGUCCACCAGCAGCCUGGCCAGUUCAGUCAGAGGGGGUCGGAGGGCACUCAGCGUCCACUUUGGAGAGCUGCCCCCCUCCACACGCAGCAGGAAGGGCUCCGACUCCAGCUCCACCAGCUCAGGGUCUGGAGGGAGCUCCCAGGGAGGAGGGGUCAGGCGUAGUGGAGGUGGGGGGCCGCAGGGAGAAAGGCUGGAUGCGGAGGGCAGCGAGGGGGGAGACGUUGCUUCUGUCAUGAAGAAAUACCUGAGGAAGAGUGAGGACCCGAGGAAGAGUGAGGUUGACUAAAAGGAGAGGAGAGAGACUGAGGUGAGAUGCAGAGAGAGAGCGAGAGACACACACAAGGCAGUCAAGACUACAACAUCUGAAGCAUGCUAAUGCCUUCCUCUCUUACAUUUAAGUCAUCCACAAGUCUUCUACUCUGUCCUGUCCCCAGCCUGCAUGUGUGUGAGGAAGAAUAAGCUGAAGCCACUCCCAGAGACCCCUAUGCAAGCUGCAAGGAGCCACACUCAAGCCAAAGAGCCAUUGAAGAUAUCUACAAACUCGUGCCAAAAAAUCAAUGAAGAUAGUUACACGCUUAAGGUAAAGAUGCGCAGAAGAUAUAAACACAUUGAAGCCAAAGAGUCAAUUAAGACAUUCACACACUUGUGUGUGUAUGGAUUGUGCUGUUCAUGGAAAAAUGUGAGCCCACUGAAGAUAAAAUAUCAGUUAGAUUAGAAGCACUGUUUGUACACUAAUAAAAAUAUUCAAAUGAAAA